CCGGAAUGAUAAGUAGAGCUCUUUAUACUGAUGAAGUAGCUUGUGCUGAUCCUGCGACGUGUGAAGCUAUUUGCGGUGUUCCUGCAGGUUGCAGCAACAUCGCAUACCCAAAGCUUGUAUUAGAGUUAAUGCCAACAGGUUUGAAGGGAUUAAUGAUGGCAGCCAUGUUAGCAGCUCUCAUGAGUUCACUGACAUCAAUUUUCAACAGCGCUAGUACUGUCUUCACUAUCGACAUCUGGCUCAUGAUCAGAAAAAAGGCUUCGGAAGCAGAGUUGAUGAUAGUCGGCAGAGUUUGCACCGUCGGACUUGUGUUUGUUAGUGUUUUGUGGCUACCUUUGAUUGAAGCUUAUGGAUCCGGAGAACUAUUCGUUUACAUCCAGUCCAUAGCAUCUUUCUUCGCCCCACCAUUCUUUGCUGCUUUCUUAUUAGCGGUUUUCUGGACAAGAGCAAAUGAAAAAGGUGCAUUCUGGGGGCUGAUGUCAGGAUUAUUCAUCGGAUUUAUGCGCCUGAUCCUGGAUUUCAUAUUCUCACCACCUGCGUGCGCAGAAUUAGACGAACGACCG